UGGGGAUGCGAAUGCGAUGGACAUGGAUUCCGCGCCAUGGAUCAUUGCACCCCCUGUCCGGGUGCUCUUCCUCCCCGAUAAAGCCGACGUCUCCGAAGCCCUUCAUCAUCGCCAUCGCUAAUCUCGCAAUCUUCAACCAACUUGAUUGGGGCAUCUUUGGGGAUGGAUCUUCCUGCAAAUGAUGCAGAACUUGUACCGGAGAAGAUUGAAGAUGGGAAAGAGGAAGGCCCCUCAUUCAAAUGUGAUCUAUCUGAUACAGAAAUAGUUCACAAGAUAGCCCAAGCGUUCCUCCCAGGAUUAGCUUCAGCUUGUGUUGAUAACACAUCAGGUGGUAUCUUCAAGAGCCCGGCUUCUGUAGCCGUUGAUAUGAGAAAAGAACUGGUGGACUAUCUUACUCAGAGAAGUGAAAGUUUUAUUGCUGAAUUUGUUAUCUUAGAAGCUGGUCCAGGGGCAGAAGCAUCUGACCAUCCCUACGAUAUUGUUUCUGAUUUUGUUGAUGAUUUUGCUAGUUCUAAGAGGAACUUGUUCAGCCGGGUUUCAGGAUGGCUACUGAGUGAAAAGAGGGAAGACAAGAUAGAUGAUUUUGUUCAAGAGAUGGAGAUAAAUGGGUUUUGGUUGUUAGAUAAGAGAGAAGCCAUUGCACAUACUUUGCUCAAGAAUGUUGACUUCAAGAAUGCAUUUCACUGUAACGGGAAAUUCAUGUCCGCAGAAGGGCUUGCUGAGCAUGUUUGCCUCUGCAGCUUUAGAUCUCUGACCUGCACAAAUGAGGGCUGUAAUGCCAGAUUUUGUGCCAGUCACUUGGAGAAGCAUGAUUCAGUUUGUCCCUUCAAAAUAGUUCCAUGUGAGCAGAUGUGCUCCGGCAGCAUCAUGAGACGCGAGAUGGACAGGCAUUGCAUAACUGUUUGUCCAAUGAAGCUUGUGAACUGCCCUUUCUAUGCUUUGGGUUGUCAAUCCGCUGUACCUUACUGUGUGAUUGAACAACAUUGUUCAGAUACUAUCCAUUUUCACUUGCUAUAUGUUCUUCAAGUUAUUCACAAAGAAGCAUCUGAGGAGGAUCUGAAACGACGGGUGGAGCAACUAGAACAGGCAGCAUCCUCUAGUUGGCUAGCUGAAGCUCGAGAGGUGAGAUCUUUAACCUCCAAAGUCAAGGAUCUUGAAGCAAAGCUAGGGCCGUUGGAAGUUCACAUCAAGAACAAGGAUAGUGAAGAGAAUGUGGAGAUUUCAAAUAUAUCAAAUGCCUUGGAUGAAGCCCAUAUCAACAAGGACAGUCAAGAGAGAAUGGGGACUUUAAAUCUAGUAAAUGCUUCGAGGGAAGCUGAAAGUCCAAGUUAGACCUGACAAUCAUGCUUUUUGUUUACAGACAAUCCUAUACAUCAUGAAAUGAAAAUCUUUUACCUUGCCAGAAAACAACCUUGCUUUUUCUUUUUUUUCUGUACCGUCUAACAUCAUUACGUCCAUAACUAUUUCAUUUUAAGAUCUUGAUGUUCCUUUUUCCCUCGUGUACCUGUUUCUUUUUUCAUAUUUCAUAGCCAAUGAUGGCCUCAUGUUACCCAUGGAAUUUGAUCAAUUGGGGAAAUUUGUUCC